AAUUUGAACCACAACCAUUCAUUCGUUCAGCUGGUGGAGAUGGGUUUAGUGGCACCUUACUCUGCUGGAACAUGUCUUCCUUCCCUUCAACGCCUUCCAACCCUGCAAGCCCAAAAAUGGAACAACUUCUCAGCACCUCUUAGUUGCCACCGCCAAGUGAAAUGUGCUGUCCAAGUCCAACCACAAGUAGCACCACGAAUUACACCUGAUGAGAGCCUGCAGGUGAAGAGAAGAACUCUCAUAGGCCUUCUAGCAUUUGAUGCUGUCCUUGCUUAUUCUUCAUUGCAAGCAGCACCAGCAGCUGAAAAUCCGUGUGAAUUUCAAGUGGCACCUUCAGGCCUUGCCUUCUGUGACAAACUUGUGGGAGCUGGUCCUCAAGCAGUGAAGGGACAGCUUAUUAAGGCGCAUUAUGUGGGGAGAUUGGAGAAUGGGAAAGUUUUCGAUAGCAGCUACAAUCGUGGCAAGCCACUAACCUUUCGCGUCGGUGUUGGAGAGGUCAUUAAAGGUUGGGAUGAAGGCAUUAUAGGAGGUGAUGGAGUUCCCCCCAUGCUUGCAGGAGGGAAACGUACACUGAAGAUUCCUCCAGAACUUGGAUAUGGCUCAAGAGGGGCUGGUUGUAGGGGAGGUUCAUGUAUCAUUCCUCCUGAUUCGGUAUUAUUGUUUGACGUGGAGUUCGUUAGCAAAGCAUGAUUUACAAAGCCGUGAGCUGGCAAAUUGCCUUCUUUUUUGUUUGGAGUUUGGAGCUUACAUUUCAUAUAGUAGAAAUUUUAUAAUUUAAUAUCAAAGUAAAAAUUACUUGAUAAAUGCAUGACUAAGUAAUAAACAUGCUAUGUUGUUGAUUAUCCAGCUUUGAUUUCAGUAUAGAAAUUGUAGCCGAAAGUUGAACAGUUAUGAGCUACGGUUCAGCACUGAAAAACCACUCCUAAGUUCAAACAAAGAGAGGAAAUAAUACUGAAGAAAAUGGAAAUGACCAAAGAAAGAAAACAGUCGGUAAAGGAAAGCUGUCAAAGCACUUUGUUUGCUUUUGGCAAAGCAAGCAACCAGUUCUUUUUAUCUCUCUUUUUUUUGUAUGA